AAAAUGAGACUUGAAAUUCUCUACCUCAUAGUGUGUACAAGAUAUACAAAAGAUUAGAACCUGAUUACCCAUUUGACCGGUAAAUCGGUAACCACAUUGACAUUUAUUGCAGUUAUUAAAUCUUUUCUCAUUCAAACAAUGUUUUAUGGUACAGGUAGAUUUGUUUAUAACAACUUUUAUGUUUUGUCAUGCUGACCAAUCUAUUUUCAACCGUAAAAUAUCAGAAUUUAGGAUCAAUUUAGAGGUAUUGGCAGAUUUUGUGUUUAUGAAAAAGCGAAUGGACGUUUUGAUCAUACUGGUCUAACUGGAGUAUCGGAGAGAAAUUAAGGAAACCUUUUCAUUCAGAAUGCAGUUGUCGAAAAGUUUAUAUAUUUGUCUUUGUUUCUUUUUCAUACAAGCUACAGUCGGAAGAAGUGCAGGUGCAAAAGUAAAAAGCUCGGACGUAUUGCACAAAUUUAUUCGACUUCUCUCACACAAAUCAGAGCGUCGAUCUUCCAACGACGAGCAAGUGUCUUCUUACACAAACAAUGUUCAAAAUAAUAUCCUUAUCCCAAAAAGUCUAGAGCAAAAUUCCGCGGAAGGGCUUGCAUCUAAAAGUCUAGAGGAAAUUUCCUUAGAAGAACUUGCACCACCUAAAAGUCUAGAGGAUGGUUCAAUGGAAGGGCAAUCCAUAUCACCUGUCGCUCGGGUCUUACUAAAGCGUAUGAUGCUGGGCACCGGUAAGCAAGGAAUGUCGACAAAUAGAGCAUCAUAUGGCGCAAAAAUAUCACGUGAUUUGAGAGCCGAUCACGUCAUUGGCAUAAAUUCACGGGAUAACUCAUUGCCGUGGGAUAAGGAAUGUUCCGGAGGUUAUGACCACUGUGGAGGGUAUUUUCCGCUGUGUUGCGAAGGGUUUGUAUGUCUGAAACCCUUGACACCAUGGGACAAGAAGCAUGGCUUCGUGAGAUGUUGGCCUGACUAUUUCCAGGAGUUUGAGGGCUCUGACGGAAAUGCAGAUGAAUAGAAUAUAUAACAUAAAGCUAAUAAAUAUCGAAAUGUGUUCUCAUUUUUCACCAUUUUGCUGUAGAGUUUCAUUUUUUUACCGUUUUGCUGUUCACAAAGAGGAGACAGCUCUUACGUACAUUUUAAUAAUUAGACAAUUUAAUGUUCAAAGUCAACAAGCUCGCGUGUUCUA